AUGGAAGAAAAAGAGAGAUUUGAGACACGGCUGCAUGAUAUGGCUGUAGCUGUUGAGAGGCUGGAAAGUAGCAGACAGAAGUUACUGAUGGAGAUUGAUUCCCAAUCUUCCGAGAUAGAAAGACUCUUUGAGGAGAAUUCUAACUUGUCAUCAGCUUAUCAAGAGGCAACAGACAUUAUGUCACAUUGGGAAAAUCAGGUAAAAGAUUGUCUCAAACAGAACGAGGAACUCCGUAGCAUGUUAGAUAAAUUAAGAACAGAAUCCAUUAUGAAUAAUGAGCGUCAGAAUCACAUUCCCACUGGUAUAUCAGAAUCCAACAAAGAAGGGGAAGCUUAUACUACUGAACUUGUAUCCCUAAAGGGUCAACUUGCUAAAGAACAGAGCAAGGCGGAGACACUGUCUGCUGAGGUUUUGCAACUCUCAGCUCAGCUCCAACAAGCCAUUCAAGCCUACAACGGUCUUGCUCGCCUCUACAAACCUGUGUUACGCAACAUCGAGACUAAUUUACUGAAAAUGAAGCAAGAGGGCUCUUUGAUUGUGCAGUAAACUGAAGGAGGUUCAAGUUCAACAAUCAACAAUCAACAAUCGACACAAACUUGUUCUUGUAAACCGACAUUCAAAAAACCAUCAUAUUUUCAUUUAUAAAAACUUUUUUACAUAGUCAAGUAUCAAGUUUGCUUACAAACAUUACCAAUAAUCUCCACAUGAACAAACCCCAUCUUUAAAAUGGUGUAUGCGAUUCACAUCGCGAACCAAAAUCUCUCUAUUAGCAAACUUAGACACAAACUUUGUAACCGAGUGGCAGUCUUCGCAUAACCGUAAGUUCUUGGUGAUCCUAAUCGUUUCUCCUCUACAGCUAUUAAUCAGCCCAAAUGCAACCGCUAGUUUCUCACUAUGACCCAAUAAAAUCCUCUCCUUUUCUUCCUCUUCAACAUCAUACAGCACAACUUUAGUCUUGGGCUUAUACCCUUUCUCCUUCAUCUCCGUUGAUAAUUUCAGGAGAAAAGCAUGGAGUUGUUCAAUAUGUGGAUUGAACUCAUCAACCGAAACAAACGAGUAAACUUUCCGUUUCACUUCAAUCCAACUACACCCGGAUUUCUUUUCAAGUCCUCUACUUUGCAAAAGCUUCUUCACUCUUUGCACUUCAUCCCAUAACCCUAAUUCCGCAUAAAUCUCAGCCAAAAGCACAUAAUUUCCUGCGUUUGUAGGUUCAAGCUCAAAAAGCCGCUUGCUUGCCCUCUCAGCAAGCUCAAUGUUGCCAUGAAUCCUACACGAUCCGAGAAGCGAACCCCAGACUUUAGGCCCGGGUUCGCUUCUCAUUUCUUGUAUAAUCUUGGCUGCUUCUUCUAAUCUAUUGGCUCGACCAAGAAGAUCCACCAUACACGCGUAGUGCUCAAUGAUAGGUUUUCUAAUAGAUUCAAAUAAACUCUUUCCAUCUUCCACGAGCCCUGCGUGACUACAAGCUCCUAAAACACUCACAAACGUGAUAGGACUAGGAUCGAUCUUGUUACGCAACAUUUCAUUGUAAACUUCAAUUGCUUUUUCACCAAAACCAUGCAUUCCAUACCCUGAAAUCAUUGCAUUCCAUGACACAACAUCUCUCCUAACCAUUUGGUCGAAAACCCGUUUUCCCAUUUCAAGAUCACCACAUCUUGUGUACAUGGCAAUGAGGGAUGCGAUAACUGGUAACACCGAAUCUAAACGAUUUCGUAGGAUAUAAGCGUGCAAUAGCUUACCUUGCUCUAAGGCUCCAAGUGCUGCACAUGCUUGAAGAACACUAACCAUUGUCACUGAAUUUGGUGUUGAAUCGUGAACUUCAAGCAUCAUUUCACUGAAUAGUUGGAGUGCAUCUAAGGGUCUCCCGUUUUUGGCAUAACAAGCAAUCAUAGCACUCCAAGAAACAACGUUUUUAGAAGGGAUUUCAUUGAAAACUUGACUGGCUUCUGAUAUGCACCCGAAUCUAGCAUACAUGUCGACUAAUGUAGUUGUAACAUGAACAUUGGUCUCGAACCCAUGUCUCAAGAUGUGGGCGUGUAUCUCUUUUCCAUAGGGUAACAAUGAAACUGAAGUGUCGGAUGCAACACAGGCUUUCAGGACGUAAGUGUAGGUGAAUCUAUCUGGUUUAAUCCCGUCUGUGCUCAUCGAGCAUAAGAGAUCAAACACGUUUAUCCCAUGACCAGAAAGUGUUAGAGCCUGAAAAAAGGCGUUCCAGACGUAUAUAGUUCUGAUGGGAAUUUCAUCAAACACUUGGCGUGCGUGUUCCAUUGAACCCAGCUCCGAAUAUGUGUUGAUAAGCUUAGUUGCCAAGAACGGGUCUUGGUCAAACCCAUCUUCGACAAGCCGACGGUGAAUCGUAAUGGCAUCGUGGAGAGAAUUUGCAAUGGCGCAGGAAAGAAUUAAGAGUUCGUAAGUGCGUUGAGUUGGAUUAGGCUCUUGAGUGAGAGCUUGGAUGGCUUGUUUGACGAGUCCUUUCUGACAGAGAGUCUGGAUUAGGUGGUUGGUGUUGCUGGUGGAAGGGGGGAGAGUGACGGAUGUCUGGUGGCGCGUGUGUGAGUGAAGUCGAGAUGGGUGGUGGCGCGUGCGGAGUGGAAAGUGUGAUUGCUGGAUGGUUUGAGGAGACUGGCAAAACAACCACAUGAGAGUGAAUUCGUCGGAGAUGAAUUGUAGAAGUUCCAAUCAACGGUGGUGAAAUUCGUCGUUGAUAGAAGUCGCUUCUCCUAACAAAACCAAGAAGAAGAUAAAUGGGGAACAACCGUGGCGCUCAAAUAGCACAUGUC